UCUGGGCUGGGACAGAGGGUCUGGGGGAGCCCCAUGGAGCUCCCCGUGUCCCCCCCAUUGUGUUGACACCAAACGGUGCCCCCCCCCACACACUAUUUACUGUCAACACCCCAAACUGGUCCCAACUGGGCCAAACUGGGCCCAACCCCGCUGACAUCACCCUCCCUGUGCCUAUAAAAGUGGGGGUGGGGCCACCCACCUGUCCCCUCUCCGCUGUCACCCUCUGGUUGUGGGGUGUCCCCCCCUGCUCCCCCCACCAUGCUCUUCUGGCACGGCCAGCCCGACCACUACUGGUCCAGCCCUGGGGACAUGUACCCCCUGCCCAGUUCGGGGGUGCUCAGGUACCCCCCACCCCAAAAACCUGCCGGCUUUGGGGAAACUGAGGCACAGUUCCCACCGGUUUUUGGGGGUGUUUCCCUCAGGGACCCCCCUGUCCUGCCCUACCUGAAGCAGGAGGAGCCCAACGSCAUCUCCACAUCGCAGCCGCCUCUCCCGGCGUUCCAGUACGUUCUGUGCGCCCCGACCUCCCCGGCCGUGCGGCAYCACGAGGAGACCCUCACCUACCUCAACCAGGGUGAGUCUGGGGGCGCCGGGGGCGAGGGACCCCCACCCAGCCCCCGCUGA